AUGAAGAGGCGGGCGGCCUCGUGAGCUCCAGCAAGCCUUCCAGCGGCCUGACACCCUCUUCGCCACCUGCCUUCCAACCACUGGCCUCACCUAGCUCGAAAUGGACCCCAACUGCUCCUGCGCUGCUGGUGACUCCUGUGUCUGCGCUGGUUCCUGCAAAUGCAAAGAGUGCAGAUGCACUUCCUGCAAGAAGAGCUGCUGCUCCUGCUGCCCCGUGGGCUGUGCCAAGUGCGCCCAGGGCUGCAUCUGCAAAGGGGCAUCUGACAAGUGCAGCUGCUGCGCCUGAUGUGGGAGAGCCCUGCCCAGAUGUAAACAGAGCAACCUGUAGGAAGCCGGAGUUUUCUUUUCAUACAACCAACCCAGACCCAUUUGAUACAUUCCAUUUUCUAUGAGAUUUGUGAAUGACAAUAAACACAU